UAAAACAUCAUCUUUAAAUUGACAGUCCUUUCCUCUCCAUAAUUGUUGGUUUAAUAAUAUAGAUCAUCAGCAAUACAGACAAAAAUGAUCUGUAUUACAGCCCUUCUUUUAUUACUGGCAGGUAAUGCUCAUGGAGAUGAACUUCUUUCCCGUCAAAAGCGGAUCAUAGGAGGUCAAACAAUUACCAGAGGUGAAUGGCCAUAUUUAGUCAGCGUACGUGGGAAAAUUGUAACGGAAAGACUAUUCGGAAUAUUUCCAAUAAAGCACAGGCGUUUGUAUUGUGGAGGUUCUCUGAUUAAUGAAAGAUGGAUACUAACUGCAGCCCAUUGCUUCGAUGAAGGGUACCAAGGAAGAGAUCCAUCAAAUUGGAAAGUACGUUUGUCAACAGUAGAUUUAGGGAUAAAUUUUGUUGAUGGUGUAAAACAUGUGUUUGGUAGACUUUUUGGCAGAUCGGAUUGGAAACAGCUGAUCAUCGACGCAGAUAGGAUUAUAAUGCAUCCCGGAUACAAUAAAAAUAAUGAUUGGGAAAAUGAUAUAGCAUUAAUCCGGUUAAAACAGUCAGUACCUGCAGGCAGAUAUGUAGGUAACAUCAAACUUCCUAGCAGUAGUAUCUCAUUCCCUACAGGUACAACCUGUGCAAUACAUGGAUGGGGAUGUACCGCAAGUGGACAAUGGUUAUCAAAUACUGCAAUGAGUGUUAAUCUUCCAGUUUUCAGUGCUGAGUAUUGCGGAAGAUUAUUUGGCAUGCAAAGUAUGGAUAGUAGAAUGUGUGCUGGUUAUAUAUACCAAGGGAAAGGAAUAUGUAAAGGUGACAGUGGUGGCCCAUUGACUUGCAAGAAUGCUGCUGGUGACUGGAUACAAGCUGGAAUAGCCUCGUUUGCAAGUCGGUCAAGUCCUGGGAAUUAUCCCGGUGUAUUUACUCAAGUAUCCUCAUUCAUUCCUUGGAUUAAUAACAUCAUAGGACAGUGAAAAUUUGCGAGUUCAAUGGAUACAAAUUAUAAUGUUUUUGUCAGUUAUAUAAACAUAUUUAAAAACAGGACGCCCUUGUAUUAAGAAUAAUUAUAUUGAAAGAAAAAUAUAGGAUUUUGAUCUUUAAGUGUUGAGGCAUAUGUGCAUUUCGUACAUGUUUGCGACCAAAUAUUGAAAAUGCAGUUAUUUUCAGUAAUUUUUUGCAUAUUUUGGGAACAAAAGGCAAAUUUACACAAUGCUGACUAAUUUCCCAAUAAUUCUUUUGUCAAAUGAAUGUGCAGCGGAUGUGAGAUGAAUCCUGUUCUGAAUGUCAAUCAUUGAAUGUGUAAAACGUCAACUGUUUAUAUGAAAAAUAGCAAUAAGGUCUUACACAUGUAGUUGUUUCAAACAGUAAAUAAAGAUGUGUCGAGAUCCCUCUUCAACCCAUAGAUAAGUUAUUGGUAAAGAAAUGAUCAAAGCAAUAUAUAAAGCACAAAACACAAUAUAAAUACACAUUCAAAACAUUCAAAACAUUGCCAUAAAAACGAAUAUAACUUUAAAAAAUUGUGAUUUGGAUGAAGGAUUGUCUCAUUGGCACACAUAUCCCUCAUCUUCUGUUAUCUAAUAAAGUGUAUAAAAUUAAUAAAUAAUUAUAAAAAUUUAUAGCGCAAAAAUAAACGUUAAUAAUGGAAUGCAAGUUCU